GCAUGCCGGGAUCCCUGUCAUGGCGGGUUGUUUUGAAGGAGGAAGCUAACGUUAGCGGUUAGCAGCGAAGAUGCAGAGACCGGUUUCCAGUUUGUCUCUGAACCCGAGUGUGAAAGUUAAACUGGUCAGCGCUGGUUUCCAGUUCACCGCAGACCUGCUGCACCUGAAGCCGCUGCAGCUCAGCAAAGAGGCCGGUCUGUCCCAGCAGGAGGCGCUGGAGGUGCUGCAGGCUGUGGGGAGAGCCGGAGGAGGAGGGGAUGAAGCAGGAGCAGCUGCAGGAGGAGGAGGAGAAGUGUCAGCCUCUCUGACAGCUCUGGAGCUCCUACAGAAGGAGGAGGAGUCGAGGAGCAUCGUGACGUUCUCCUCUCAGCUGGAUGCUGCUCUCGGAGGAGGACUUCCUGUCGGGAAAACUACAGAAAUCUGCGGCGCUCCAGGAGUCGGGAAAACACAACUGUGCCUGCAGCUGGCGGUGGACGUUCAGGUCCCGCAGUGUUUUGGGGGGGUCGGAGGUCAGGCGGUCUACAUCGACACCGAGGGCAGCUUCGUGCUUCAGAGAGUCGUCGACAUCGCCAGCGCCGCCGUACAACACUGCUCCUUUUUGGCCGAAGAUGACGAGCAACGAGACGCCAUGACGAAUUUCACCGUGGACGCCAUCCUGUCCAACAUGUUCGUGGUGCGUUGCCAUGACUACGUGGAGCUGCUGGCCGAGCUCCACCUGCUGCCUGACUUCCUGUCCGACCACCCGAGCGUCCGCCUCCUGGUGAUCGACAGCGUGGCGUUCCCGUUCCGGCAGCACUUUGACGAGAUGUCUCAGAGGACACGCCUCCUCAACGGCCUUGCCCAGCAGCUCAUCACCAUGGCAACCAGCCACAACAUCGCCGUGGCAAUGACCAACCAGAUGACCACCCGGCUGCGAGGCGGCCAAUCGCAGCUGGUCCCCGCCCUUGGGGAGAGUUGGGGCCACGCCCCCACCACCAGGCUCCACCUACACUGGGAGGGGCCGCGUCGACUGGCGACCGUCUUUAAAUCCCCAACACAGGUGGAGUCCACCGUCCAAUACCAGAUCACCUCUGAGGGGUUUAGAGACGUUGACCAAUCAGAGCAGCCGCAGAGCAAACGGCCUCGAACACACUUGGACCAAUCAGCUACCAGCCAGGGAGACACCUGCAGCUGACUGUCAGCCAAUCAGAGGCUGAGCUGAGUGUGUUUGUUUCAUAUUAAAUGCAUUUUUAUUUUCUUUCUGCUUCUGAUAUAAAACACUUUUAUUUUUAUAUAUAUAAGUCAUAGUUUAAAAUGUGUCUGGUUCUGAUAUUAGAGUUUAACACGUUUCAGCUUGUGUCCAGCAGGUGGAGACGGAGAGCAAUGAUCAAAGAAAUGAUCUGUACAGUCAGUGUAUUAAACAGCAGCAGUUGUCUAGUAGAAGAAAAUAAAUCUGCGAUGUAGGAAAACAAGUCAGGUAACAGACAACGCACUUUUUCUUCUACAGGGACGAGAAUUUAAAUUUAGAUGCCUCUUCAAACUGCUCUCUUCCCAUUGGCUCCCAGAGCUGAGGUCAGUGUGUGGACCAGGUGUUUCCUGUUGACUCGCACAUGCUCAGUGUGACUUUUCUUUAAUGUCCAGUAUGAAGAGCACGAACAUGUGAGUGUCCUCCAAACACCAGGUUACUAUACAGAGCUGUUUAUGUUAAGUCUUUAUGUUUCAUCACCUUUACCUGUUUGUUUGUUUGUUGAUCAGGUGUUGGUUGUUGUUGGUUAUUGUGUCAGUAAAUACACUAAACAUCAGCACCUUAUUUUCCCUCAGUGCACCUGCAGGCGAACAGAAACAGUUUAA